UAUCAAUGAAAUCUGUAUUUGUUUGGUGCAUGUUAAGCAAUAUAUUAAGUGAUGUGUCGGGAUAUUGGGAUACUGGAACCACGACGCUUGAGUAUAAGAGAACAGACACGGUUCCAAGACAGUCUUUCUUCAGAUGGCAGAUUACCCAGCCCGAGUACUUGUCAGCCUACUUCUAUAAUUGGGAUUGGCCAGAAAUCCGAAGGCGCAGAAGACUUAACGUUGUAGCUGGAAUAUCUAUAGAUAUGCUCAACCUUGGAGUUGCUUCAUUACUAAAUAAAAGGACAUUAAUCACAAGCGCAAACUACCUUGAUCCGUGGUUAAAUAGACAAAGGGAUUUACGUAUUUGGGCACUGGGCCGACAGGGGGAUAAUAUAAGUCCAUACAGGUACAGGGUGUGGAGAGUCACAAGGUUAUUUCCAAAGAGUUUGAAUCCCGAACAUUGGCAUGGCCCUCGAGGAGUGCACUCGCCGCGACACGAUGUCUCCAUAAUUCAUAGUUUGGACAUGAUAUACUUGUACGGCACCCCGCCUCGGAGAUACCAUUACGCUUAUAGAACUUUCUUGAUGGGGAAACAUAGUGAGCUAGGCACAGACCUCUGGUUCUCCGGCUCUGGUUACGAAUAUCACACGCACGUUCGUGAAAACUAUAAAAUAUUCUUCGGUUUGGUGACAAGAGACACCGUCGUGGAUUGUUCAAAGUAUUUACCAAAAUGGUGGGGCAAAUUUAUUUGUUUUAAAAAUCUACAUAGAUAUGUUGGAGUGCCGAACGGAGGUGGGCUGUAUAGUUCAGAUUGGAUUACUGGUAUAGGAUGCUUCGAGAUUCGUUACAAUCAAGAUAAGAUUAUGGUUUUUACCGACUUACGAUAUUACAUGGAUUAUGUACAUCUUCAAGCUUUCCUCUACUCUGGUCAGUACUAUGAGUAUGCUUACCCCCAAUGGGGAGCUCGAUACGGGACUUUUUACGAUUCAAAUUAUAAUGACCCAUAUAUUCCAUGGUGGAUGGUACAAGAAGAUCAAUAUCCUUUAGGCAAAAAGAAGUAAUAUUUUAAACUUUACUAAAAUUAAGCGGUUAGAUGCAUGAGCAUUUAACAGCCGUAGUCAGAGACAUUAAACGGUUACUUAACCCAACUCUUAACGAUUAUUUACGGAACAAAAUCGUUGCGAAGGAAAAGUUUAAGUAAUAAUUAAAAAUAUCUCUUAGUACGGCAGUUUGAUUGUACAAAAUAUUUGUUUUUAACUGACAAAACAAAAGGAUGUUCACAGUUUUAUCCAGUGUUACUCUAUGCAUAGUAAUCUUUAUAAUUAUGUAAAU